CAAUCACAUCAGUAUUACAGUGUUUUUAAUGGUCCUGAUACAUACGACUCCAGUAAUGCUGUUGAUGGUCUGAAGAAUGACCUCUCAUCGGGUGGAGGACAAUGUACUAUUUCAGCUGAUGGAUACAGAACCGCCACCUGGUGGGUUAACCUGGAAUCCAUCCACAGUAUACACGACAUACGAAUAUAUUACAGGACGGAUAAUGCACAAUGGGGUGCAUCAAAUGGCUACACAGCGAGAUUUUUAGGAUUCUCUCUUUUUAUAUCCAACACAACAAGCAGAUAUGGCGGUCACCAUUGUUUCCAUGACACAAACUUUAGCAGAGCCACGAUACCAGCUGUCUUCGAUAUAAAGUGUCCUGUACAUGGACAAUACGUGAUCUAUUAUAAUGAGAGACCACAGACGUCACAUAGUUUUUCCAGUGCAUUGGUUGGAUGGGCGCAUAAUGAAUUGUGCGAAGUGGAAGUACAUGGAUGCAAAAAGCUUGGUGUCUAUGGAUCUAAUUGUUCCAUUAAAUGUCCUGACCAAAAUUGCCGUUUUUGUCAUAUAGAGACGGGAAACUGCCAAGGAUGUCAACCCGGAUAUCAGGGCCAUCGAUGUACAUUUCGUAAGGGAAGAAUGCAUCUUUUUAGGAAUUUUCUUACUUUAUUAAAUAAUUAUAACAUUGAAGGUCUGUUUAGUGCAUAUCUUAAAUCAUUCUUGUUUUGAUAUUCCAGAGGAAAU